AGAAUGCGAGCUACAAGGGGCAACAUGUUUUUUCAUCAUGAACCGGCUGGGGAACCCGUCUUGGAUCCAGUAUCUGGUGAAAUGGUAGAAAAGACUGUUUUUGUAGUAUUCUUUUCAGGGGAGCAAGCAAAAGCCAAAAUUCUUAAGAUCUGUGAUUCGUUUGAGGCAAAUUGCUAUCCUGUUCCAGAGGAUAUUAAUAAACAAAGGCAAAUUACAAGGGAGGUUUUAUCACGUCUCUCAGAACUUGAGACCACUUUGAAUGCUGGUAUCCAUCAUAGAAACCAGGCAUUGAGCUCAAUUGGUUGCCAACUUUGGAGGUGGACAAUGAUGGUUAAGAAGGAGAAAUCUGUCUAUGACACUUUAAACAAACUCAAUUUUGAUGUUACCAAAAAAUGCCUUGUUGGUGAAGGAUGGUGUCCUGCAUUUGCUAAACCUCAGAUCAAAGAUGCGCUACAACGUGCAACAAUUGACAGCAACUCACAGUUGGGGAUAAUAUUUCAUGUGAUGGAAGCGACAGAAUCACCUCCAACAUAUUUUAGAACCAAUCGAUUUACUCAUGCUUUUCAGGAAAUAGUCGAUGCAUAUGGUGUUGCGAGAUAUCAGGAGGCAAAUCCUUCUGUUUAUUCAGUUGUAACGUUUCCUUUCCUUUUUGCGGUAAUGUUUGGUGAUUGGGGCCAUGGAAUAUGCUUGUUGCUUGCAGCACUGUUUCUUAUAAUCCGUGAACGGAAACUUGGAUCUCAGAAACUAGACAGCUUCAUGGAGAUGGCAUUUGGUGGGCGUUAUGUAAUACUUCUAAUGGCUUUAUUUUCCAUCUAUUGUGGAUUGAUCUACAAUGAAUUCUUCUCUGUUCCAUUCCAUAUAUUUGGUCCAUCUGCUUAUAAAUGUCGAGAUCUAAGUUGUAGUGAUGCACACACUGCUGGUCUUAUAAAAUAUCGACAACCGUACAAGUUUGGGGUCGACCCAAGUUGGCGUGGCAGUCGCUCCGAGCUCCCAUUUCUAAAUUCUCUAAAAAUGAAGAUGUCUAUUUUGUUCGGCGUUACUCAGAUGAAUUUGGGGAUUAUCUUAAGUUACUUCGAUGCUAAGUUUCACGGGAACUCCGUGGAUAUAAGGUACCAGUUUGUGCCACAGAUGAUCUUUCUCAACUGUCUCUUUGGUUAUUUGGCGCUCCUCAUUGUUGUCAAGUGGUGUACAGGAUCGAAAGCUGAUCUUUAUCAUGUGAUGAUUUAUAUGUUCUUGAGCCCCACUGAAAAUCUUGGUGAUAAUCAGUUGUUUUGGGGUCAGAAAAUUUUGCAGAUCUUGCUAUUGCUUAUGGCUAUUGUUGCGGUUCCUUGGAUGUUAUUUCCGAAGCCUUUUAUCUUAAGAAAGCUCCAUAUGGAGAGAUUCCAAGGUCGCACUUAUGGCAUCCUUCGAACCUCGGAUGCCGAUCUCGAUGUUGAACUUGAGUCCGCACAAAACCAUCACAAUGAUUUCAAUUUCAGCGAAAUAUUUGUGCAUCAGAUGAUUCAUUCAAUUGAAUUUGUUCUGGGAGCGGUCUCAAAUACGGCAUCUUAUCUUAGGCUUUGGGCUCUAAGCUUGGCACACUCAGAGCUAUCAACUGUUUUCUUUGAGAAAAUACUGCUUCUUGCUUGGGGGUACAACAGCAUCGUAAUUCGUCUCGUCGGACUUGCUGUCUUCGCAUUUGCAACAGCAUUCAUAUUGCUCAUGAUGGAAACAUUGAGCGCGUUCCUCCAUGCUCUUCGUCUUCACUGGGUUGAAUUUAUGAACAAGUUCUACCAUGGUGAUGGCUAUAAAUUUAAGCCAUUUUCAUUCUCCUCGUUGGCCAAUGAGGAAGAAUGACCAAUGACUCCUCUGCUACAGCCUUUGAUUCUUACUGGUAAAUCCUACAGAAAAGAGAGAAUUACAAAAAGUAAAAGGUAAAUAAGCUGCAAAAGGAACAUAUAUGCAUCAUCUCUACUUUAGAAAAUACGAACCUUGUUUCGAGAUUUUCGCCGUAGGAACGAAACUUAGCUGCUGGAAGAGAUUAUUUGUACAUUUAUAGGCCCGGAAAUCGCCAUUUUGACAGAGGAUGGAUUUCGUAUUCAGGUUAUUUUCUGUAUCUUCUAGGAAAGGUUUAUCUUAACACCAAUAGCAAUAUUGAACUCUCCAAUUUUUAGUCUCUCUUUCUUUUUUCAUUCCUCUCCUUAUGAUUGAUUGACCUAUUCUCUUAGUGGAACCUUUUUUUUUCUUUUUAAUUUAUACAGUCUCAUGUUGCCAUUUUAUUUUU